UCCUGACAAGAAGGUAAAACCUAUCCCUAGAAGAGCCAACAGGACCCCAAACUGCAGGGCCACCUAGAAGGCAAGUUACACGGGGCUCCUCCUGAUGAGGCUCCAUCCGUUGCAGCUCCACCUGCCCUCUGGCUCAGCUCUUGGCCCCUCUCCCAGGCCUCGCUCCCUUGGCACAUUGGGUUUUCUGGAAAAAGAAUCCACCCUUGUCAAGCCUUCUGGACAUCAGCCCAGACAACUCCUGUAGCAGAGCUGAAACUCUGAAGUUCAGACUGUGUCUCCUGAGGGGGUCUGUGAUCAUAUCCCAACAUUCCGCCUCAGCCCCCAGGCAGCCGCAAGAAAGGCUGCCCUACUUCUCAGCCAGGACCUGGGGAGACAUAGCUUCCUACGUAGGGCCCCUUUGAAGAACUGAGGAUACUUGGUCUUUUCGGCAACACGGGGCGGAGGAGAUGUCUCGACGUGGCCGUCAGUUCAACGGGACUCCCACUUUACGAGGCCGGGAAAUGUUCAUGGGAAGCUAACUAACAGGGUAAUGAGGGGUUCUUAUAGAAAAUGGUAUUAACUUUAAUGAGGAGAAAACCCUUUGUAAAGGCCAACGCCCACUGGAGCAGAGGUAUAAACCUGGGGUGAAGAGCGGCUUCUCUGCACUGGGGGGCAUCCGGCCUCGAAGACCUCUCACUUGAGUCUGGGCUGCUGAGGCCAUGGCUUCCAAGUGCCUCAAGGCCAGCUUCUCUUCAGGGUCUCUCAGGGGCCUGGGGGGAGCUGGCGGCGGCUCUGCUCGCGUGUCUGCAAUGUACUCCAGCAGCUCUUACAAGCUCCCCAGCCUCUCCCGCGGGGCCCGGAGUUUCUCAGCAUGCUCCGUCGGGCUGGGUAGGAGCCCCAGCAGGGCAGCUGGCUGCUUGUCUGCUCUCUGCCUCCCGGCCGGAGGCUUUACUACCAGCUACAACCUGGGUGGGGGCUGGUUUGGGGAUGGCAUCCUCACCGGCAGCGAGAAGGAGACCAUGCAGUCCCUGAAUGACCGGCUGGCCAGCUACCUGGAGAAGGUGCGCCAGCUGGAACGGGAGAACGCCAGCCUGGAGGGCCGCAUCCGGGAGUGGUGUGAGCAGCAGGUGCCCUACCUGAGCCCUGACUACCAGUCCUACUUCCGGACCAUCGAGGAGCUCCAGAAGAAGACCCUGUGCACCAAAGCAGAGAACGCCAGGCUGGUGGUGCAGAUCGACAAUGCCAAGCUGGCCGCAGACGACUUCAGAACCAAGUACGAGACGGAGCUGUCCAUGCGGCAGCUGGUGGAAUCAGACAUGAACGGCCUGCGCCGGAUCCUAGAUGAUCUGACCCUGUGCAAGUCUGACCUGGAGGCCCAGGUAGAGUCCCUGAAGGAGGAGCUGCUGUGCCUCAAGAAGAACCACGAGGAGGAGGUGAACUCGCUGCGCUGCCAGCUUGGUGACCGGCUCAAUGUUGAGGUGGACGCUGCCCCACCUGUUGACCUUAACCGUGUUCUGGAUGAGAUGAGGUGCCAGUAUGAGACCCUGGUGGAGAAUAACCGCCGGGAUGCCGAAGAAUGGUUCAAUACUCAGACCGAGGAGCUGAACCAGCAGGUGGUGUCCAGCUCCGAGCAGCUGCAGUCCUGCCAGGCGGAGAUCAUCGAGCUGAGACGUUCUGUCAACGCCCUGGAGAUCGAGCUGCAGGCCCAGCAGAGCAUGAGAGAUGCUCUGGAAUCCACCCUGGCAGAGACCGAGGCCCGCUAUAGCUCCCAGCUGGCCCAGAUGCAGUGUCUGAUCAGCAACGUGGAGGCCCAGCUUGCCGAGAUCAGGAGUGACCUGGAGCGCCAGAACCAGGAGUACCAGGUGCUUCUGGAUGUGCGGGCCCGGCUGGAGUGUGAGAUCAACACGUACCGGGGCCUCCUGGAGAGCGAGGAGGGCAAGCUGCCCUGUAACCCGUGUGCCCCUGACCACACACCUGCCAAGUCGUGCCUCCCCUGCCUUCCCGCUGUCUCCUGCGGACCUGGGGCGGUCCGCACCACCUGCAGCCCCCGCAGCAUCUGUGUGCCCUGCCCGGGGGGCCGGUUCUGAGAGGAACUGGCCUAGAAAGCCGAGGCCAUUGUCUCCAGGGGCUGAACUUGGCCUUUGCUCAACCCUGACCCUAAAGACUAAUCCCCUCUCUCUGUGCAGAGCCCCGGGCACCAGGGCCUGGCUCCGGGAGGGCUCAUUGCAAAUAUAUCCCUCCAAGUCUCUCCAAGCCUGUCGCUAAGGCUGGCUGUCCCUGGAAGCCUCAAUUUCCUCAUCAUUUCAGUGGGUGCCAGCCAGGCUCUCUGUUCUGAGGCUGCCUCCUGGGUUAGGUUUCCUUCUGCGUGUUGCUAUUGUGGGUUCUGAAAUAUACUAGAGGGCCUCUGUGGGUAGAACAAUAAAGUGUAUUGGC